AGUACUCAAACGAGCUCGACGCACUUACUCCUUCGAUGGUGACUUGGCAACCGUAUCUUGAUCCAUAUUUCGCCAGCAUACAGUUGAGCAGCAUGUGCUCAAUAGACGAGAACCUGUACCUCAUGAGGUGUCCCCUCAUCUGUUUUUAUGCUGUUGAGUACCACUUGCCCCACAGAGUUGCUCGACAGUUCGGAUUGCGCCAGGAGUUUCCGGUGGAGCCAUUCUCGACUUCAAUAGAACUUCAUAAGUUCGACAGACAGAGACAGAAGAAGGUCACAGACUUCGAGACGCACCAUCGUGAUUACAUCGAUGAAUGGGACCAGCAGGGGGAUCUGAACUAUGAGAAUGACCAGGCGCACACAAACUACAACUUCCGGAGGAAAGAUAGAUUUAAUAGGAAAAGUGCUAGCGUACAGUGGCCAGAGAUCCGAUGGGUCCGCACCCUCGGCACCCGCUCAGGUACGACCCUGCUUCGAAAGCAAUACUGGUAG